GAAUUUUGGUCCACGUGGUGCCACGAUGCUUUUCAAAAAUCUUAUCCAAGCCUUGGUACCUCUUCGUCCUCCCUUCUCCAAUGGAUCCCUUUCUUCUCUCCCAACAAUGAACAAACCAAACAAUUAAACCAAUAAAAACAUGGCGACCGCUAUGUUCUCCUUCUCUCCUCUCGCUCAGUUCCAUUCUUCUUCUUUUUCCCUCAGACCGACACAGUUUUAUGGCAAGACACAACAUCAGCUUCACCACAAAAUCUUCAUCACCCCGAAUCACCAAUCUACACCUUCCCGCUUCUCAGCCGUUUCAAGGGACGACGCCACAACGCCUGAACUCGAAGAAGAUGCGGUUGAGACACGAAGAAGAGAGGAGGAGAAAUUCGCAGUUCUGAACACUGGAAUCUACGAGUGCAGAUCGUGCGGGUACAAGUACGACGAGUCCGCGGGUGAUCCCUCGUACCCGAUCCCUCCUGGGUUCCAGUUUGACAAGUUGCCUGAAGACUGGAGAUGUCCAACUUGUGGAGCAGCUCAGAGUUUCUUCGAGAGUAAAAUGGUUGAGAUUGCUGGUUUUGCUCAGAAUCAACAAUAUGGGCUUGGGGGUAACGCACUUACCUCUGGUCAGAAGACUGCUUUGAUCUUCGGGAGUCUCCUCCUCUUUUUCCUGCUUUUCUUGAGUGGCUAUUUCAUCCAAUAGAGCGCGUUUCAUGUUUUUACUAUUAUUAUGUUAAUCAUGUUGUUAUCUAUCAUACACCAUUAGUCUCCUUUUUAUAAACGGAAGCUACAUUAUACA